GCCGGAGACCCGCGGCUUAGCUUAUUCCGUUGAUCCGUAACAGUGGGGAGGAGGAUGGAUGCCCCUGAUUCCUUUGGAACAGAUGCUCAUCGCACGGAUGACGUAAUGGAUCAGCAGAUGCAGGGAAGCGGCCAGCAGCAGGGCGAGGGCGGUAGCGAGUACUUCAGCCUCGCCGGCAGCUCCAUGGCCAUGACGCCCAUCAAUGCGGCGGUGCGGAGGAGCGGGCAGAACAACCAGGACAGGAGGGGAGGGCCUUCGGUGAAGCCCUCACCACUCUCCUCGAUUCCCACGCCCACAGAAUACCUCAACAAAGCUAUGGAUGCAAAGGUGGGUGAGCGAGGACCGAUUGACGGCAGAUAAAGAAAUAGAUGGAUGGAUGGAUGGAUGAGCGCACGAUGGUCCACGGUGUUUUUGUUAUGUGUGUGUGCAGGAUCCGUCCUUUUCCCGUAUCCGGCAGGGCGCCAUCCACUAUGGGGCGGCGCUCGCACGCAAGCAAGUCAUCAAGACAGCCAAACAAGGCGCAAAGGUAGGCAGGUUACACAUACACACACCAACAAGGCCACUUCGCUCCUCUCCUCUGCAACUUUCUCACACACGCCCACAGGAGAAGAAUGCGUUAGUGAGGGGUUUGCGUGAGGGCCAUGCUCGCGAGGUGUCCGACCUGCAGGCCCGCCGCAACGCCGAGACCACGGCUCGGUGUGCGACGGAGAUGCGGCUGCAUGAGGCGGAGGUGGUGCGGCAGAGGGCCGAGAAGGGGCGGGAGGCGGCAGACCGUGAGAGGGAGAGGGCCCAGCGGAUGGCCAGGGAGGCUGCGGUGCGUGAGAAGGAGGCCAGCCGUAUGGCGCAGCGGGACCAGGCCGUCAAGGAGACCAUGCUGCAGGAAAUGAGGGCCACGCAACACAAAUAUGCCAGGGUACGGUGACAGACAGACAGACCACACGAAGGAACCAUUAGGAGCUCGUUGUUCCAUUUCUCACUUGCGGUGUGUAUGUGUGUGUGUGUGUAGGAGAAGCAGCGUUCGUUAGAGCUGGAGAGCAACAUCCUCCGUCUGCAUCAACUGGCUCAGCAGCACGACCUCGACGUAGACAUCGACGCAUACCUACCCCCGCCACCCGACAGCUCACUCCCCACACCGGCACCCCUCCACCCCUACCAACAGCCACAGGAGCACGACAGUGACCAGGAGGAGGGCGUGCCCAGUGUGCGGCGUGGCAAGAGUCUCAAGCGGCGCCUGGGGGUGGUGGUGGACCAGGCCACCAGCCCGGUGGGUGAGCUCCUGCUGGGAGGGGAGGGGCAGAUGGAGAGGCGGGAUAACCAGACCAUGACCUCGCGCAAGCUGCAUCAGGGUGGGCUGGAAGGGAGGAACCACGGAAUCGGAUGUGUGUGUGGGAGAGAGAGAGAGGGAUGGAUGGCCGGACAUCUCCCUCCCUUGUUGUCAUUCGUGUGUUUUCAGCCUUUGCGCGAGAGCAGUACGCCCAACAGAACAGUAGGCACCAUGACUCCAUUCAUUCAGCCACGCACUGCCCUCAUGAUGUGUCGGCCGGUCGCUGUCUUUUGCCGCAGAGGCGUUGGAGAGGAAUGUGGAGCACGUCAUGUCGGCGGCCGAGGAGAAGAUCAAGACCCUGGAGGAGCAGAAUAAGACACUCCAUGACGAGAUGGCACUCCUGAAGUCAUCCGGCAGCCGCGGCAUGGGCGCCACAACAGCUGGCCGGCAGGGUCGGCUGCAGCGGGAUGCUGACAUAGAGGUAGAGAUGGAGGGGGGCGGGGGCUGGCGCGCACCUCUGCCGCCGCCCACAAGGUCGGCACAGCGACGCAUUCCCAACACCGGUACAUCCAUCAAGGAUUGGCACGAACACACAGAGAGAUGGAUCAUGCAUGUCUCCUUCUUGUGGGUGGAUCAGGUGAGCCUGCGGUGCUCGACCAGAUGCCUCACACGCCCCUGGCCCCCCAGCAGGAGCAGGCCCAUCGCACCAGGCUGCAGGCGCUCCCCUACCCCGACAGCCCGGCGCCCCCCUCAGUGUCGUCAUCGGGCAACAACCCCUGUCUGCCACCGAUGCCCAACUUCCCGCCCCCACAGCUGGAUGACGCCGACCAGCAUACGCCACACGACACAUCACCACCACCGGCACUCCACAAGGUAGCCGAGGAGACCUGUGAGGACGACCAGCAGCAGAAGGGCAGGGAGGAGGAGAAUGCCAAGGCGCUGCGUGACAAGAAGCCCGACCGUGUGGGCCGCAAGAAGCCGGUGGAGACCCCUGCCAUCAGCCGACUGCCGCAGCUCAUCGUCAACAACAGCCCCAAAACAGCAAAAGGGACAGCAGUGGGUGGGGUGAAGCCACACCUCAAGGGUGCGACAGCGGCUGCGCGUCAGCGGGUGCUCAGCGGUGACCACCGGGGCUCGCUCGUCGACCGCAGGCCUGCCCGCCGGCCGCCAGCUGCUGGUGGCCGGGAGGUGCGGUCGCCGGUGCUGCCUGUGUCAGAGGACAACCACUCGGUCGCCACCUUCCAUGGCGAUGGACGCAACCACUUCACAUUUGAUGGCGGCCAGACACAGACACAGCAGCAACAGCAGCAGCAGCAGCAGCAGGAGGCUGAGCCAUCGGCGGGCAAGAAGGACAAGGCCCCGUCGCGUGUGUCCAAGGGCAUCAGCGGCAGCGCCAAGGCCCGGCCGAGCGGUCAGCAGUGGUCAGACACCAACAAUAGCUUCGGCAGCCGAUGGGGCAACCCAUUCACGGGCACCACUGCCUCACGUGUGGGCAGCCAGGGGCAGGGUACCCGUGCGCUGGGGGCGAUUAGUAGCUAUUACAAGGAUGGGCCGCUGGGUGCGUUGAAGAAGGGGGACCGGGGCGUUGGAGGACCUAGAGGCAAGCUGGGCGGUGGUCGCGAGUCGAGCGAGAGCCCUCAGAUGCGUGGGGGCAGUGUCGGUGUGGGUGCGGGGAGGGGGCGACCGAUAGUGCCCAAGGCGGAGGACGGCGAGAAGAAGAAAAAGCCACUGGAGAACAGACAGCCACAGGUACACCACACAAAUGAGAGGAGGACGCAUAUGAGUCCUGCCAUUCUACUCUCUGGUUGGUUUAUGUUUUGUCAGGGCGUUGGGCGUGAUCUGCAUCCCCCUUCGGCCAUCCCCAUUCCCAACGACAUAGGUGGUGCCCUCAUCCCGCCGCGCGAGCCCAUCCCCAAAGCCAAACAGCCACCCGCAGCCGCAAACAACGCCAGCCAACACAUCCGUUCCACGCCGCAGUUCUCGGCAGACCCCUUCAUACGCCAGCAGGUGGAGGUUGGCGCCAAGGCCGCCCCCAUUGUGGGUUCAGGCGCCUUCACGACCCGCGAGCGGCACCAGACGCCCCCGCCGCCCCGAGGGGCUCCCUCGCCCACACCGCUGUACCGCAACGCCAACAGGGGCGAGGGCGGGCAGCGACACAUCCGCAUGGCUCUCAGGGCUGGCGGAGUGGGCGAUAGGCCGCUGACAUACCGAGAGGACCGGUGAGGAAACAAACAAAGAACAGCGAUACCUCGUCCCUCCACCUCCUUAUUUGCCUGUUCUCCUUCCGUUUCAUUCAGUGGUGUCUUGCCCAUUCGGGACUCGACCAACAUCCCCCGCCCGGUCAUCACUUCACGCCAGGACCAGCCACCCUGCCGUGCACCUGCCCCUCCCAAGGUCAAGUCGCCCACCAUCCAGCAACAGCAGCAGCAGCAGCAGCAGGAGGUGAAGAUGCCUUUGCAUGUGGAGCCAGAGCCCACCAUUCCCCUCCGCCCGACACAGCGUUUCGACCUGUCUGUUGGUGUGGGUGCGGUUGUGCCGGUCAAGGGCAUCAUAGCGGCGGAGGCCAGGGAUGUGGUGACAGGCAAUCUGGAGCUGUACGGCGGACAGAGGAAGGGGUCUGUGGAGGGCAGGAAGGGCGAUGGGGGCAAGGUGGAGGACCAGACACACCGAACCUACAACGCAUCGGCCUCUGAGCGAGGUACCUACGUGGCCACUCGUAACCAUACAUACUGUCUCUCUGCAUGUGUGUCUCUUUUUCUUUCUUUUGUCUUUCAGUGCUGGAUGGCGUGUCGACUCUGCCAGGUGCGCCCCACCGUCCUCCGCCCCUCGCCAGUCGCUACCCAGUGUCCGUGGGCGACCUCAACAGCCAGCAGCACAUGAUACAGCAGUCGCCUACCGGCGGUGGCCCCUACCCGGCUCGCGCAUACCCAUCUUCACCGACAUUCGAUAGCAUCCAGCCCCAUCACCACCAGCAGCAGCAGCAGUAUGGAGGAGUGGGCUCGCCCGCAGUGCUGCCCCGCCCCGCCAUGCCCACACCGAACAUGAUGUAUCCGCAGUCGAGCAUCCCCUCAUUCCUCACGCGACAGGAGAGGGGCACCACAAUCAACGAACCGAUGAUCGUGUGGCGCAGGGGGGCCCCCGUGCAGCCAUUGGGCGACCUCCACCCACUGCCGCCAUACCCUGCGUAUGUGAUGCCGCCUGCUGUGGGGUCGUUUGGCGUGCCGCAAAUGCGUCCACCGAUUGCGUAUGGCGGGGUGGGGGUGGUUGGCAGAGGUCCUGUGGGCAGCGGUGGGCUGGGCAGAGGGGGAGGGGGAGGUGGAGGGGGGUAUGAGGUCCACCAGCCACAGCAACACCCGACGCACACACAGCCGUAUCAGUACCGAUAGAUAGAGAGGGAUACCGACUGGGGGAGGGGGGGAGAGUGGGAGAGAGAGGUAGACUAUAUCCAUGAGUGCAUGCAUCGAUGGGAUGGAUUGGAUGGUGUGGGUCUGGCUGCCUGUCUUGUGAAGCGCCUCGUUGUUUUUUCAAGACAUAGAGGGAAGGAUGGGUCGAAUCGAAUCGGAAUGGGCCCUCAUGCCUGCCUCUCACCUGUCUGGCCUGGCCUGCCUCGCCGAGCUCUGCUGCACUGCACACCAACACCGGCACACCGACAGACACCAUGAUAAUAGGUCAGGCAGGCGCAGAGAGGCGAGCAUAGAGGGU